AGCAAACAAAAAUAAAAAGAAAUUUUUUUUAUGUUUGAACGGCAAAAGAAACGCCACAGUUUCCACAUAGUUAAUGGGGAUCUUUUUACCUUAAAAAGGCGGUUGUUACAUGCAGGAUGUUUACCACCACACAUCGCGCCCUAUCAAAAAUAAAAAUAAAAAUUUUUUGCCCUACCAUAUAGUAAGCAGAAUAUUUAUAAUUGGCAUUCACAUUUGGUAUAAAUCUAUUAUAAUUCCACAUUAGUUUUUUGAUUGGGGUUUUUUUAAUUCUUCUUCUUCUUCUGCUUGUUUCGUUAAGCUUUUAAACAUCUUAGUUUUCCAUCAAGAACUUUAUAGACACGUUUGUUUCUUCCAAUUUGAAAAGUCCAACCUUUCCAAAUCUUAGUUUAAUCUAUAAUAGACGAUAAUCCAACUUAUCCGAUUUCCAUAUCAAAGACACCACAGUUUUUUUAAAUAUAAUAAUGACUAUUGAAAGCACUCCUAAAUUAGGUUUCGGUACCAGAGCUAUCCAUGUUGGUGCUCCAAUUGAUCCAUCUACUGGUGCUGUUAUUGAAGCUGUUUCUUUAUCCACCACUUUUGCUCAAUCUGAACCUGCCAAGCCUCUUGGUAUUUAUGAAUAUUCAAGAUCUUCCAAUCCAAAUAGAGAUAAUUUCGAACAAGCUGUUGCUUCUUUAGAAAAUGCUAAACAUGCUAUUGCUUUAGGUUCUGGUUCUGCCACUACUGCUUUAGUUAUUCAAUCAUUACCAAUCAAUUCUCAUAUUAUUUCUGGUGGUGAUGUUUAUGGUGGUACUUAUAGAUAUUUCACCAAAGUUGCUAAUACUCAUGGUGUUAAUGCUACUUUUGUUGGAGGUAAUUUAGCUGAUGAAUUACAAUCUAAUAUUCAACCAAAUACUAAAUUAGUUUGGUUAGAAACUCCAUCAAAUCCAACUUUAUCAAUUACUGAUAUUGCUAAAGUUGCUCAAAUUUUAAAAGAUAAUGAAGCUAAAACUGGUAAUAAGAUUUUAUUAGUGGUUGAUAAUACUUUCUUAUCUCCAUAUAUUUCAAAUCCUCUUACUCUUGGUGCUGAUGUUGUGGUUCAUUCCGUUACUAAAUAUAUUAAUGGUCAUUCUGAUGUUGUUAUGGGUGUUUUAGCUACUAAUGAUUCUGAAUUACAUGAACAAUUUAGAUUCUUACAAAAUGCCAUUGGUUCAAUUCCAUCUCCAUUUGAUUCAUGGUUAGCUCAUAGAGGUUUAAAAACUUUACAUUUAAGAGUUAGACAAGCUGCUACUUCAGCUCAAAAAAUUGCUGAAUUUUUAGUUCAACAUCCAUCAGUAGUUAAAGUUAAUUAUCCAGGUUUAAAAUCUCAUCUUCAUCAUGAUGUUGUUGUUAGACAACAUAGAGAUGGUUUAGGUGGUGGUAUGAUUUCCUUCAGAAUUGCCGGUGGUGCCAAAGGUGCUGCUUUGUUCACGUCCGCUACUAAAUUAUUCACUUUAGCUGAAUCCUUAGGUGGUAUUGAAUCAUUAGUUGAAGUUCCAGCUGUUAUGACUCAUGGUGGUAUUCCAAAGGCUGAAAGAGAAGCUAAUGGUGUUUAUGAUGAUUUAGUUAGAGUCUCAGUUGGUAUUGAAGAUACUGAAGAUUUAAUUAAUGAUAUUGAACAAGCUUUACAAAAGGCUACUGCUGCUGCUGUUUAAAAUAUUUAAUGAUAUAUUAACUUAUAUUGUUUACAUACGUUUGAUUUUUUUCAAUUUUUUUGCUUUUUUUGAACCUUUUUUUUUGUAUAUUAUAGCAUGAUAGAGUUUGUAUGUAUAUGCUACUAACAUAGCAUAUAUAUAUGUAAAUAGAUUUCCAAGUAUAUUUUGUCUUAUUUU